CUUCAAGAAAGGAGGUCAGGCAGCCCCCGGUGCAUGCCGCGAUGGUCCAGUCGAUGGUACUAGAAAAUGAGACAACAAAAUGGAAAUUCAAAAAAUAUAUUCUUCAACUGCUCACUGUUGUUGUUGCAAGUGCAAGAGAAGACUCUAGACUGCAAAAAUACAUCUCCACCAAGAUAUCUGAGCUUGUUGAGAUUGCUUUUAUUUGCUCGACCUCGAGUCUGAUUCAACUUCGAAUCUCCUCUUUGGAACUCAUAGGGCAUAUCAUUGACAUUUAUGGCAACAUGAGUGACCCCCUGUACCCAGAGGUCUCUUUGCUUGGACAGCAGUCCGCCCAAAUCACGACGGCUAUUGUUCCGGCGUUCAGCAAAGAUUCUAACAUCGAACUUGCAUGUACUGCUGUUGUUUUGGCUUCCAAACUGCUGAGCAGUAAUAUUGGCCAAGUGAGUCGAAUGCAGCGUAUCGUCAAUGUUUUGACCACAUCUUUAGAAGAGUUUGCUCACGCAAAGGGCUCCGGCAAUGAGAUGUCCAAUGGAGCACCUAAACAUUUGAAGAUUGGUGAGGUCUCUGUUCUCACAACCAAAUCUCAAAACAAACUGUUGGUGUACAUUCUACAAGCGUGGUCAAAAAUCAAGGUGAAUGCCGCGGGUGAUUCAGAUACAAGCCAGUUGGUGGACAAGUACAUAAACAUUCUUACACCUCUCUGGUUGUAUUCGCUGCGCGAUUUCGCGAUGAUGAAGUACGGCAGCCAGUUUUUGAUUACCAAUUCCGACGAUGUGGACAUCAAUACAUAUGAACAGUGCUGGGUGGACUUUGUUGAGGUCAUUGGUGUGAUUGCAAACGAAAACUCUGCGCAUCUGAAUGAGCUUUUACGUGAUGAUGGAUCCAACUUUUUCUUGGUCCUUUUUGGUCAAUGCAUUGAGCACUUGAUCAAGAUCUCAUCCAAGACAAAACAGGCUAUGACAGCACACGAUUUCCGUGUUUUGGAAGCUUUGGCAGGAAUAUUGAAACUCAAAUCAGGAUUACAACUGGUUUUUGAUGAUUCAAUUUUUGUCGAAUUCAUUGAUCUGCUAGACAGGCUCGUUAUGAUUUCUGAUCCUUCGUUCAAGUUAAAGAUACUGGAGUUGGCAUCUGGGGUCUUCGAGUCUUAUUUCAAGACUUCUUCGAACGCCAAGAGUCCGGAAGAGCUUCAUAGCGAUGUGGACAAACUUUUUGAGCUCCUCAGGAUUAACAUGUUGGCUAUUGUUCAAGUCCUUCCUUUUAUCAGAGACCGGGAGUUAGGAAGAACUCCGCUCAAAGCAAUUGAGAGCCACGAUCUAAUUCUUUUGAAGAAGGCAUUUGAUCUGUCGUUGAAUAUGAUUGCAUAUCUUCCUGAAGUCAUACAGCUGGAUUUGCUCACUUGUUUCCUUUUUGCAUUCACUCUGGUUUACGAGCUUAAUAAUUCAGAUAUCAUUGCAAUUCUGCUUCCAACUCUCAAGAGGGUCAUUUCCAGUCUUGCACAUAUCGACUCUAGAAAUUCCACCACGUCUCGCUUUUUCCAGUCCAUCUGGAAACAUUUGAACGUUAGCAACAAAAAUUCGAUUCUCACGGUUUUUAUCGUGAUCACUACAACCGAAGAAUUGCACUUAACGGAGGAAGAAGCAGGGAAGGUCUCAGAAUUCAUCAUUAAUGGCUUGCUUUCCGAAGAAACCAGCCUGAAUACGAUUUCUAUACAGGCGAUCAAAACGCUGAUUAAGAAUAAUGAGAAGACCGGUCUCAUCCUGGAAAAACUAAUUCCUCGGCUCGUGGAUCAGGUGUACCAGUCGAAGCUGAAAGAGCCAAGGCUCAUUCUCGAGAUAUUAAUUGUGCUGACUAGAUCUGUCUCGUCGGACAAAAUCGAGGGAUGCCUCAAGAUAUGCGUUCCGAUCAUUCUCUGGUUCGAUGAAUUCACUUCACGGCGAUACGAGAACUAUUUGCACCACAAACUUCUUGAUCUCAUUCAACAUUCGCCAGCUCACUUUAAGUCAUUUGUGGAUUCGUGUUCCGAAGACCAAAAACAGAACCUUGAAAGACUGGUGAAACUAGCAACCGCUCCAGAGACUGAGACGGAAACGGUAUUAGAGAAGUUUUCACACAUUAAGUUGAAAACCUUUGGUUAAUAGAUGAGUUAUUUGUGUUUUGCCAGACACAGUUGGUGGUAUUGUAGCUGUCCGUUGGUGAAAAACUCAAUCACAGGCUGUGGUAUUUCCAACUCUGAAGCGUUUUUGAUUAUCCAAUGCUUGAGUUGCCCUGCCAGUGACUGUAAAGAGACGACCACUUGGUGGUUGAAAAUCUUCUGUGCGUAGGGGUGCUGUUUCAAGGUUUCGUAUUUGGACCCUAGUAAGCUGCUGAUAAGGAUGUAUCUCUUCUGCACCCACGACAGAAGUUUUUGCACAUGAUGAUGGCCUUGAGCUCUGUUGUAUAAUGAGUCCAACCGCUCAGUGAUAAUAGUAAUUUCUCUAUCUGGGAUAUAAAGGAUCUUGUCGAUACCAUAACUGUUUUCCGUGUCUAGGAAUUUGUCACAUACAAGAAGCUCCCAGUCUUCAGCCGUCUUGGCUUUUUCAAACACUUGAAUCUCACCCAUUUCUGGGUUGACAGGCAUAUCUAGAUCAAUGUAGUAAUCGCAUUCGCUUAAUGGAAUAACCAAAUCUGGAUUGUACCGAUUUUCAUUGUUAAAUCCCUGGCGCUUUGUUGACGUAGCAAUGAAUAGGGCCGCCCAGGAAUUGGAUGUUGGCUCCACAAAGUCACCUGGGAGCAUGCCCCUAAACCCGCUUUCAACAAAUCUCAGCCGCUGGUUAGGAUGCAAGAAAAAUGAGGAAGGGUAGUGAUACCAUUCUCUGCCUAUGCAGACAUUUUCUGGGACAUCGGUAUUUGAUGCAGGCAGAUAUCGGAAGACCGUUAGGGGUGAGCUAUAAUUUGACACCAGGGACACAAUUCGCAAAACUGAAACAGAGAAAAUGGUAGCGAACAAGACGAUUUUGCACAGGAAAGUGUAGGCUCUAGCGAAAAAGUACGUCUUGCCGAAUAUUUGGGUGAUUUGAGAAAUGAAGAACGAGGCAGAUAGUGUGACCAAAGGAUAAAUUGGGUAGAGGAAGCGUUCUUCUUUGUGGGGCUGUGAAAAGAAAAUGGCACACCACAGAAUAAUGGGGGUCUGCACUGUCUUUAUCUGCUUCAGGUUAAAUUUCUCGAAUGCGACUGGCGACAAAAGUCCCAACACGGCCAAAGGCAGCACGAGAUUAAAGUUAAGUAGGAGGUUGUGGACGUAGUAAGUCAAUGGUUCAGUUCCGAAUAUGUUGGGACCUGUCUUUUCAUCCGAGUGGAGUACAUUGUACAGCACAAUGUUCAAUGGGACAAAAGUGGUUUCUCUGUAGAACAAAGUAUCGAUUUGCAGGAUGACAAUAGAGAUAAAUAAGAUUGCAGCAAACCCUAGAGCACCGAAAGUGAGUAACUGGGAGUACGACCUUCUGGAUAUGAGUGCGAAUGAAACGUAGAGGCCAAAAGGAACGACCAGGGCAAAGCAAAAUGGCCAUCCUACAAGACCUCCAACCACGAAGAAAAGAAUUGCCAUAGUGAAAUGUCUCUUUCUUGCGAUCAUAGAUUCCGUAUACAUGUGAUUCAGUAGCUUGAGACUCUCGUCAUAUUCUGGAGCCUUUGUCUUGAUCAAAGAUCGCAGCUUUUCGUUAAUGUUGUUUUGAAUCUUCAAGAUAAACCUGUCAUAUUUCAAAUAGUUGACUAUUGAGGCGGUAGCCAGAAGCGUGAAAAUCAUGCCGAACGAGCUGGGUAGAAGACUUAUAGAUGCGUGGGACAUACCAGGAUUCACUGCUUGCAAGAUCAGAAACCAAUUGGACACAUCAGGCGAAACGUAUGCCAGAGUGUUUGCCAAAUGUAUCUCGGCAGAUGCUGUGGAAAGGGCAAUGGCAAGCCUCACAAGAUAAAAUUGUAAAUAUGGUGGAAUCUGCACACUUGGUACCAAUGCUGCAAUAAUCCUCAGCGGCUUAUUGAAAAUGGUGAAGGAAAGAAGGUAAGCGUACGACCGGAUAGCAUAUUCGGGCGAAUAUUCCCACGUUUGCUUCCCAAAAAGCCUCGUAAGCAGAUUCAAAGGCUCCCAAUAGUUGAACACCUCAUCGCAAUCGGAUAUGAUGCCGUAAAAGGCCUCGAGCGUUCUGGAACACAAUAAUAU